GCUGAGAAGACUUGCCUACCGCUCUCAUCUCUGUGCAGUAAUGUUUAAUGUUAAGAUACAGCCGGUGCUUAGCUUAGCUUUGCUUAUUUUAGCUUAGCUUAGCUCAGUUUAAAGACUGGAAAAAAGGGGAAACAGCUGUUGUCACCGUAAGGUUGAGAGGCAAUGAGCAGAGAAAACUAACUAAGUAACUUCUCCUGGCCAAAAAAUAGCAUUCCGUUAAUAAUUGAGCUUGGUUAUCUGUUUCAACCUGUUUCCACUCUUAAAGCUAAGCUAAGCGUCAUAUUCCUACUGUACAGACAUAAAUGUGGUAUUGAUCCUGAUAUCCAAUUUUCUUAUGAUCACAUAAUAAUUAUUUAUAUACUACGGACGUCAAAAAGCCAGAUUAAUUCACUGUUGUAGUUAGGCUUUGUAAACCAUUUUAUUCUAACGCAUUCCACACAAAAAACAAGAUCAACUGUGGUAUUUGGUUUUAACCAAACCAAAUAAAUAUUUAGUUGAAGCAUAUUUUGACUACCCACUGUGAUGAAUCAUCCCAGAACUCUUCUGCAUGUAAAGUUUAGUGAACUGUGCUAAUGCAUGGUAAUGGUAGCAGAUGUUGACACGCUGGGCCUAACGGGAGUCAGGCUUGUUGAAGAAGAGGCCUAAUCCAGAAACACGUGGGACAUUAGAUCAUAUCCUGACGCCCCUUUAUGGCAGGCUACUUUUCCACUUUUUGAAUUUACUCCUGGGACGUUUAGGACAACUCAUGUCUGUCAAAUGAAAGUUAUCUCAUGUCAACAAAGAAGAGGCACCGAUUUUUUUCCAGCUAUAACAUCUUUUAUCCAUAAUCUACUUUGUGUACAAUAGAAAGCAAGUCUAUGUUUAAUCCAAGAUUGAAGUGGCAUGUGUAUUUCAGACCAUAUCUAUUUGAAGUGAUGAGGCCUCCUAUCCCUGUGAUUAUAAUCUCACUUGAAACCAUUUUCAUUGUUUAUGUCGAAUCCAGUGGAAAUGUGACCAAGUUAUAACAACACAAACAUAUUCCACUAAAGCUGGUGGAAUCAAUUCCCGGGAAAAAAAUAUGACAGAAAAAAGGGAAAGAAUGUGUGUUUUUGGCUCCAAUUCAGGUCGGAACCGUCUCUCUUACUCACUCCCUUCCUUUUCACUCUCGUCUGGUCCCCUUCCUUUCUUUCUCUUAACUUUCCCUCUCCCACUCUCUUUUUCUCCCACAUCUGGAGGGUAUCUGGUGUGGCUGUGUGACUCCUCGUCUGCUAUGGGACAGCCUGCGUUUGGACUGGACGUCAGACUUCAGUGCGUCUCUGCAAACGUUGGUCGGACGGGUUGCUGAGGAUUGAAGCUUCAGCCACUGCAGAGAGAGAGAGGACAGAGAACCUGCUGUCUGUUGUUGUUGGCUUGGAGAGCAGUGGACAUGGCCUUUUCCAAGCAUUCCUUCCUGCAGGCCCUGAGUGUGCUGCUCUUGGCCUCAGUGUUGGUGCGUUGCCAGGCCCCUCUCGAACCAGAGGAAGAGGACGAGGAAGAGCCAGUAAAGGAGACCUCCAUCGCAGCAAUGGUGACGAAAUCUGAGCCACUCGAAUGUCCGCCGGAGUGCAGCUGUACGGCAGAAGGGGCCGUGGACUGCGCUGGAGUCGACCUCACAGAGUUCCCCGCCGAGCUGGAUGAAAAAACGCGUCAGCUCUCUCUGCAGAACAACAAAAUUGCGGUGAUAACGGUGAAGCACAUUUCCCAUCUGCAUCAGCUCGAGACGCUCAACCUUCAGAACAACUGGCUUACCACCAAUGGCCUUGAAGAUGAAGGUUUUGAGAUGCUUGAAGAGCUGGCAUAUUUAUACUUGGCAAAUAACAAGCUCAACUCGGCACCAAAAGUCCUACCACCCUCUUUGGUUAGUGCUGAUUUUGCUGCUAAUCAGCUUACAAGGAUCUACCCAUAUACGUUUGGCCAUAAACCGAAACUGAGGUCCGUGUAUCUCCACAACAACAAGUUGACUGAUGCAGGACUUCCUGACCAUACCUUCAAUGGUUCUUACAACCUGGAGAUCCUCACCAUGUCCAGCAACUUCCUGCGGGUUGUCCCAAGGAACUUGCCCUCCAGCCUUUACCGUCUUCAUCUGAAGAGUAACAAGCUGGAGAAAAUCCCAGAGGGGGCCUUUGACAACUUGCCAAACCUCAGAGAGUUGUAUCUGCAGAACAACCUCCUCAGCAAUGAAGGCAUGGACAACGAGACUUUCAGCCAAUUGAGCAGCCUUGAGUGUCUGGACUUGUCAAAUAACAACCUGAGUAUCGUCCCCAAGGGUCUGCCUCGCAAUCUAGUGCUGCUACACCUGGAGAAGAACUCCAUCAAUAGUAUACCCGGAGACGCUCUCGCUUCUGUCCGAAAGCUUGAGUACCUGCUCCUCCACAAUAACAAGCUGCGCUCACGUUCCAUCCACCCGACUGCCUUCCAGGGCUUGAAGAAACUGCACACUCUCCACAUGUACAACAACUUGCUGGAGCGAGUUCCCAGGGGCUUGCCUAAGCGGGCCAAGACCCUAAUGAUGCUCCACAACUUCAUCACCGAAAUUAGCCGUAAUGACCUGUCCCUGUUGUACUCCCUGACCGAGCUCAACCUCAGCUAUAACAAACUGACCAGCCCCAAAGUACACCGCGAGGCAUUCAGGAAGCUGCGUAUUCUGGAAACCCUGAAUCUGUCGGGGAACAGCCUUCAAUCUAUGCCCGUGGGUCUUCCUCGCAGCCUGCAGGUGCUCGAAAUCAAGAACAACCAGCUGAACUCUAUCCCGGACGGUGCACUGACGGGCAUGGAGAAGCUACAGAAGCUCAUCCUCAGCGACAACCAGCUGAAACUGAAUUCAGCCUACCAGGGCGCUUGGCUGGAGCUCAGUGCGCUCACAACGCUAGACCUGUCUGGCAACCAGCUGUCACACAUCCCGUCUGACCUUCCUGAGUCUCUGGAGUACCUUCACCUGCAGAGUAACCGCAUCUCCAGUGUUCCUGCUUCAGCAUUUGAAGGCACUCCAAACAUCAAAGGCAUCUUCCUCCGGUUUAACCGCCUGUCAGUGGACGCUGUGGACGAGAGCUCGUUGGCACACCUGUCCAACUUGCAAGUGCUGGACCUCGGCACAGGAAACACCGACCCCUUUAAAAGAGAGGAGAUGGAGGAGGAGCAGGAAACAUAAAGAUGCACUUAAUUAAACUGACGUUGGACUUCAUUGUGUCAAGGGCAGAACGGGCUUUUAAAUGAGAGUGAACCUGUGAAUGUCAUUUCCCAGGUCCAUUAUUGCAUUGUGCUGAGUGGCAGAGUUACAUAUUUCUGGUGCAGGAUACCGGAUGAAGUUACAUUAGUUUCCAUUUUGUGGGCUGGUUAGUAUAGCAUAUCUUUAUAUCUGAGCUUUAAAUAUUUGUUUUGGACAUGCAACAUAUAUCAUGUAAUUGUGUUUUCCAGCUGUAUUUUAAGAAAUACAUUCACAGAAGGGAAUUUUUCCACGUAAAUCUUUCAGAAUCAAUAUACCCAAAGUCUAAGCAGAGUGAAAAAGGACACAUUGUUAACAUGGUGUGCGUCUUUUUCUGCUUUAUGUCAUUCUGUUACUUACUUAAAGUGAUUUAAACAGAAAUUCUGUGGCAAAAUUUGUGUUUUCAUCGCCAAGGGUUGCAAGAGAAGCAGUUUCCCGUUAGAACCAAUGAAGCCUCUGUAAACACUGCAACUGGUAGUCUCCAUUUUAUUAUUGAUUCAUCUAUUUCUCAAGUAAUCGAUUCAUUUCUUAGUCAUAAAUUGUCACAAGCCUGAAGUGAUUUUUUAAAAUGACCUCAUUUAGUCAGGUCAACAAUCCAGAAAACUCAUUCCGUUCAUAAAGACAAGGGAAAAUGAAAAAUAACCUUUUCAUUGUUACUGGCGGAAGACGCUUAUGUUGCAAAUUCAAAUUGAGAAUGAAUCCACAGGGGAUUCAUUGGACGGGAUGCACAUAUUUGAUCAUGAGUUCAGUAUUUCCGUGUUGGAUGACAUUGUAUUUUUUAUUAAAACAUUGCAACUUGA